AUGUCCUACUUCUCCAACACCCCCUACAAGCCCCAAAUCCGUCAGGAAGGGUUCUCACCGACACCCGCUACGAACGCCAACGCCGCCACGCCCGAUCCCCCCUCGCCCGACUCCCAAUCCUCUGUCGGCCCCAAUGGUGGCAGUGGUAAUGGCAAUGGGGGAGCAGGCCCGGGGUUCAGCGACAUCUUCGGCGUGGGGCCUAUAUUCCCGGAUAAUGGCGGUUCUUCUGGCUCUGUGGGAGGACGCAGGUCAUCUUCGAGUGGAGGGGGGGAGACGAUGGACUUUUCGGAGGAGCUCGCGUCGCUGAUGGGCGAUAACAAGCAUGCGCAGAAUGGAUGGCACCAUCAAACUCAACACCAACAUCAACAUCAACACCAGCACCAGCAACAACAUGGAGGACAGCAACAUGGAGGCCAGCAGCAGCAAGACGAGUCCCAGCGCUACACCGCCGCGACGACGCACAACAUCUUCGACAUCAGCGCGCCUGCUGGGGUGAGCGUCAACGGGCACCAUCAAUCGCUUUCCUCUUCCCACCAACAUUCCCAUUCCCUCUCUGCCUCGCACCCUCUUUCGUCCUCGCACCCUCUUUCGUCCUCGCACCAUGCCCAUUCCCUCUCCGCCUCCCAUCACUCGACACACUCGAUCCACCACCAACACCAGCACCAGCACCAGCACUCGGGCUCGAUACAUUCGCAACACUCUUCCUCGUCGACCAUAAACGUCAACGGCGCCCAUCCCUCCUCCGUCUCAUCUACCACUUCGGGGUACGCCCAGGGCGGCGGGGCUGGUAGCCAGCCUUCGUCGUUGCACUCCGAUUUUCAGGGGAUGGGAACAGGAGGUGGAAGCGGACUGGGAGGAGGCUACUUCAACUCGACCCUCCCAGCGCUCAACUCGAGCAUGCGGUACGAUCCGGACCCGCCGCCUCUUCCUCUUCCGCCAUUAUCCUCUAUUCCGCCUCUUUCCUCCUCUGGGCCUCUUUCGUCUAUCCCCCCUCUUUCGUCUAUCCCGCCGCUUUCGUCUCCGACGUCGACGACUGGCAACCCACUUCAAGGGUUCACCCGACACACCCCGUCUCCGAGUCACCACUCGGUACAUUCGCCGGUGUUGCCUCAUCAUUUGGCGAGCCGCUCGCGCUCGCGUUCGCGCCCGCCCACCUCCGGGUCUUCAGGCAACCCUCCUUCCACUACCAACCCCGCUGGUGCAAACGCCAACGCCUCUUCUGGCAACCCGUCGACGGCCAACCCAUCGUCGUCCACGUCAAACCCAGCUUCAAGCUCAACCGCAGGAAACGCUACCACCCAACAGGGCCACCAGAGCCAACAGGGCCAACAGAGCCAGCAGAGCCAGCAGAGCCAACAACCCCAGCACCAGCAGCAGCAAAGCCAAGGCAGCAUCGGACCAGCCCGCACUGACCGAACCACCCGCUCGAGGCGGAACAAUUCAGUGAGCAGCACGUCGCCGCCUCCGUUCGGACAUGGACAUGGGGGGCAUGGGCAUGGGGGGAGGCCGCAUGCUAUUGUGAUUCCUGGAAGCAGGGGAGGGGGUGGGGGUGGUAAUGGACAGGGAGGAGGACAGGGUGGUGGUGGACAGGGUAAUGGACAGGGUAAUGGGGGAGGAGGAGGACAGGGAGGAGGAGGACAGGGACAGUGGUUUGGCGUUGGGAGCUCUGCAUCCGAAUACUCCCUCCCAACACCCUCUUCGGACACCUACCACGCCCACUCACCCUCCCUCACCCAACUCCAUUCGCCGCACUCACCUUCGCACCUCUCGCCCCUCAGCCAGCACCCAGCGGGGUACAACACCUUCGGGCUCUCACCCCCCGAACACGCGCAUCCGCACUCCCUAUCCCACUCGCAGGGCCUGCCGCCCGUUAGCACCCUGGGCGUGGGCAAGACGCCCAACGGCGGCCAAGGGCAAGGACAGGGCGUCGACCCGUUCGCGUUGGGAGGGUUCGCAGGCCUGGGCGGGGGCGGGCUGGGCAUGGCGGGCAUGGGCAGCUUGGGAAUGGGCAGUUUGGGCUCAAUGAUGGGGUAUAGCAGUCAACACCACGGGACGCACCACCACCCGGGCCAUGGGCACCAUCCAAGCCAGCACCAGCACCAGCACCAUGCGGGUAUGCCGAGCUCUGUGCCCUCGAUUGGAGGUGGUGGGGGCGGGGGUGGGAUGGGAAGUAUGCAGUUGGGGUCGCCCGGGCUGGGGUCGCCGGGUAUUGGCGGCUUGAGCCUUGGUGGGCUCGGAGGGAUGGGCGGUGGGGGCGGGCUGCACUCGCCCCUGUCCGCCUCGUUACCCUCCGCGUCCUUACUCUCUGGUGCGGGCCCGCUCUCGCUCGGCUCCUCCCUCCCGUCCAACACUACCUCUCCCAACUCUACCACGAACACGAACGCUACCACCACAGGAGGAGGGACAGGAGGAGGCGCGUCGCUCAGCCCCGCGGACAAGCAGUCGCUCAUCGCGAGCGAGAAGAGGAGAAGGAGGAGGGAGAGCCAUAAUGCUGUUGAGAGGCGGCGGCGGGAUAAUAUCAACGAGAAGAUUAGUGAAUUGGCGACGCUGAUCCCGGAGUGUAUGUUGGAUGGGGCGGGUGGGAGUGGGGGUGGUGGGGGCGGAGGCUCACCUGGCGCCCUUCCCUCCCCCGGCGGCCUGCUCGACGGCGCGGACCCCUUGCUGCCGUCAUCGAUGAACGGCGGGGAUAAGAAGGAUAAAGACAAAGAUAAGGAGAAGGAAAAGGAGGUGAAAGGCGAGGACGGGGCGGGCAACGAGCCCGCGGAGGGCGGCGUGGUCAAGGCGAACAAGGGGAUGAUUCUGAGGAAGAGCGUCGAGUAUAUCCGGUACCUCCAGCAGCUCGUCACGGCGCAGGGCGCGCGCAACCGCGAGCUCGAGCAGGAGCUCAAGCGGUACCGCGGCUCGGCUGGCUCUGCGGGGUCCGGCGGCCCCGGCUCGGACAUGGGCGACUCGUCGGGCUCGCCGUCCUCCUCUACCGCCCUGAACUCGUCCCUCGCCUCCUCCGGGCUCAACGCCUCCGCUAUGAACGCCCUCAAACCAGGCGAGGGCGGGCUGAACAUCGACGUGGACGGGGACGACGAGAUGAUGCUGCAUGACGAUGGCGGCGGGCUGCACUGGGGCGGUGUGAACGUCAACGUCGGCGUGGGGAUGUUGCCUUCCAUGCCGGAGGGCGAGGACGAGGAUGCGGAUGAGCGGGAGCACGACGCUUCUGGCUCUGGCUCGGGCGGGAACAUGGAUGUUGAUAUCCCUGGGCCGGUGGAGAAGGAGGAAAGAGGGCGGACGAGGAAUGUGAGGAGGGCGGUGGGCAUGAACGGCGGUGGUGUGUCGUUGAAGGAGGAGGUGAAUGAUGAUGACCAGCGUGUCCUUGGUGGGUUUGGGAUGGGUAUGGUUGGGAUGUCGACGUGA